AUGAGUCAAAAUUCCCUUCCCACAAGCAUCAGCAGCGGCAGUAUGAGCUUAUCAUCUACUGCCGCUGCAAGCAACGGCUCUGAGCCGCUGUCUGAUGCUGAGAGCAUUAGAAUGAGUAUCGCAAACUCAAUUGGUGAGAAUGCGGUACUCAUUGUAGCUACUCUCAACUGCGGCAAGUCCAACUGGUUGAAGUUUUUAAUGCAAAGGUGGGGUGUCAUACACUACAAGUUUAUUGAGGUGGAAAAAGUGGAGGCAACUUCCAUGUUGGUUGACCUAUGGAUUCGACCGAAAGAGUUGCCGGCUGUAUAUAUUGGUGGGAAGCUAUUUGGAGGGCUUGAUGAAGUUCUUGCUAGUCGUUUUCAUGGUAAAAUUAUUGCCAAGCUUACAGAAGCUGGAGCCUUUUAG